ACCUGGAGGAAAUGUCUGCUUUUUAGGAAAAAAAGAAAAGUCAACGGGACCAGGAGGCAUUGCCUUUAAUUUUCCUAACACCAAUAGAAAGCCCCAGUUACCCCAUCCUAGUGUCAGAGCCCUGCCCCGACCACGGGACAGUUGUCCAUCAUAACCCUGAGGGUAAAUCCAGUAGUCUAUCCGGAAAGAAACGGUGGGGGCAAGAGCUCAAGUUGUACAGUAUUUCAUACGGAGUGUGUUAACAAGUUUCCGUGGCUCCAGUUGUUUAAAAAGCCGUCCUCUCCACGCCAGUGUAAUCCAUCAUCUUGCUAUAAAAAGUUGGAGGGAGGCUGCGACGAAGAAAGAGCUCUUACCACCCUUCAAUUCCCUCAGCUAACAACACUGUCAUGCACCCGAAGGCCAACAAGGUAAAGGUUGCGUUGUAACAGCGUUAUAGUCCUCCGCCCUCGCCCAUGAGGGAGAGCAGGCGAAGGCCCAGCCCUGCGGUCUUUCGACGGCCGCAACCAAGGAGGGCUCCGGGCAGCUGGAGCCACGGAAACUGUCCUCCUAACCAGUCCCUGCUGGCGGGGAAGCAGUUCGGAGAAUUAAUAGGGGGAGGAAGGGAAACUUUCUGGACCAGGACGUAGCACGGACAGAGAAAAAUAGCACCACUCCUCGAACCUCCCCUUCGCGGCGGCAACUGGCGCCCCCUUCCUUCUCCGCCGCCUAAAAAGAGCGGAUGAACAAGGAGGAACGCACAGCCUCGCUCGCCUCAGGGCCACUUCGACCAUGGAGAUGGCAAAGGACAGAGCGGCACCUUCGUUUGGUCGAAUAAAACCAACACAUGAAAUGCUGCGGACUUCCGGUACACGGCCCUUUUCACCAUCGAGAUCCUUACCGGAAGUUCAGGCUGGGUGUCGCGCUCUCUAGCUUCCUUCCUACUUCACUUCGGGUAACUUUCUCUCCGUCGCAUCUCGUACGCCUCCGCGGAGGGCGCGGGAGAGGAUGGAGGGACGCUCGCGGAGGAAGCAUUGAGAGAGAGCAGGUACGCCUGCCGGAAGGAGAACGCGUAUGUGUGCGCAUGCGCGCGUAAGGCUUUCUUUACCCCUCGCAAUGGCCCUCAACAAAUCCAUGCAUGUAAGAAACAGAUACAAGGACAAGCCGCCUGACUUCGCCUAUUUGGCGUCCAAGUACCCAGAGUUUAAACAACACGUGCAGAUAAACUUGUCGGGAAGAGUCAGUGUAAACUUCAAAGAUCCAGAAGCAGUGAGAGCCCUGACAUGCACGCUGUUAAAAGAAGACUUCGGACUUCAAAUUGACAUACCGUUAGAAAGGCUUAUCCCGACUGUUCCCUUGAGACUUAACUAUAUCCACUGGGUUGAAGACCUGAUUGCUCAGCAAGAUGCUGCUGCUAAAGGCUCGGUGAUAUGGGGAAUAGACAUAGGUACAGGUGCAUCUUGUAUUUACCCAUUACUUGGUGCAACUUUGAAUGGGUGGAAUUUCAUUGCGACAGAAGUGGAUGAUGUGUGCUUCAGCUAUGCUAAGAAAAAUGUGGAGCAAAAUAACCUUUCUGGUCUGAUAAAAGUGGUGAAAGUACCACAAAAAACGCUGCUACUGGAUGCCUUGGAAGAGGAGUCUGAAGUUAUCUAUGAUUUCUGCAUGUGCAAUCCUCCCUUUUUUGCCAACCAGCUGGAAGCAAAGGGUGUAAAUUCUCGUAAUCCUAGAAGACCCCCUCCAAGCUCGGUCAACACAGGAGGAAUCACUGAGAUCAUGGCGGAAGGAGGAGAGCUAGAAUUUGUCAAGAGAAUUAUUCAUGAUAGCCUGCAGUUGAAAAAACGGUUAAGGUGGUACAGUUGUAUGUUGGGCAAGAAGUGUAGUUUGGCCCCAUUGAAAGAGGAGCUUCGAAUCCAUGGAGUUUCUAAAGUCACUCACACUGAAUUCUGUCAAGGUCGCACCAUGAGAUGGGCACUAGCUUGGAGUUUCUAUGAAAAUGUUAAAGUGCCUUCACCUCCUUCUAAGAAAAGAAAACUAGAAAAGCCUCGGAAACCAAUUACAUUCCUUGUUUUGGCAUCUACAGCCAAAGAACUAGCUAUGAAAGCCCCUUCAGUAGGAAUAGAUGCUGUUGAAGGCAUGGCAGUAGUUGCAGCAUGGAUUCGAAAACUUCUCACUGACCUGAAGGUUCAGCAUAAAAAUCUUCCCUGUGACACAGAUGAAGUCAGCUUAUUUCUAACAGCUUUGGAAAAUUCCUGGAUCCACUUAAGGAGGAAGAAAAGGGACAGAGUCAGGCAAUUGCGUGAACUUCCUCGAGCAUCUGUUGAUUUCCUGCAAACCCCAGAAGAGAAGGCCCAGAAAAACACAAGUAAUACCACAGAAUCUGAGGGAGACAAGAGUGAAAUUGCCAGUGAACCAUCUGAUCACAACCAUGAGUCACCUCAGGAUAAUAAACUCAACAGUGCACUUGUCAUUAAUAAGGAAGAUAUCCCGGGCCAUCUUGAAGAAAACAGCACAGCAGCAGAACCAGCCUUAGAUGAGUCCAUUGAUGGAAAGGAGGAGUCCAGCAUCUCAGGCUCUGAUAACCAAACUGAGUCUGGGCAGAAUGCCAGCACAUCCAGCGAAUGGUUCCUUUUCAAAUGUGUGUUAAUUGUGAAGACAGAAGGACCUGAUUUCCUAGUAGAAAUGCACUGGAUAGAAGGACAGAACAGAGACUUAAUGAAUCAGUUGUGUACAUACCUAAAGAAUCAAAUGUUUCGGUUGGUUACUACUUAAGUACCUGUGCGAGUGAGGAUGAUUGUAUUACUCUUAUAUUUGUGGUCUUGGUUUUGUGUUUAAUAUAUUUUUGACACCAUUGCUGUGAAAGAUAACUGUUUUUAGAAUACUUAUGAAGUGUGAAGGUGAAAAAAAACAUGUACAGAAACCCUGAGUUGGAUCAGAGCUCAGUUAUUCUUAGCUUUUGAUUAGAAUAAAUGGGACCUAAGGUGUGACUUGCUCUUCAUAUUGCUUUCACUGUGCAGCUAACUUAGUCUGAAUCCAUAACUCUUCAUGUAUCCUUUGGUAUUUUAUUAACAGUUGUUCUAUGUACUUAGAAUCAAUAUUGUACAUGCCUUCAAAAGUCAAAUCUGUUGUGGGUUCACUGCUGACUUUUUCAUCUGCUUGGAAAUUCUACACAGUUGUUUUAGAAUUGUAGAAUACUUGAGUUGGAAGGGGUCUAUAAGGCAUUGAGUCCAUUCCCCCUGCUCAAGGCAGAAAGCCAAAUCAAAGCAGAUCUAACAGAUGGUUGUCCAGUUUUCUCUUGAAUGCCUCCAGCAUUGUGCUUUGGGGCCCUGCCUCCCUUGACAGUUGCCUCGUGAAUAUUGCUGAAUCUUGGAUUCUUAUGAAAGAAAUAUUUUUCUACAUGCUAUAGCUUCUGUUUUGAAAGAAAAGGGAAAAGAUGUGUUCGUUUUUAUCAUGGAAUUGUAUGAAUCUGUGGUACUCUGAUUUAUUUUGAUGAAAAAUUAUUUUUAAAUUGAAAGUUGAUGUAAAACCAGAGUGAAUACAGGGCUUUCAGUGCCUCAUUGUCACUGCUAGUGAUUUGCAUCACGCAGAUGACAAGAUAAAGCUAUUGGAGUAACGCCCAUUUCAUUCAUCUUCUACAUUCAUAGCAUCCAUUCAGUUCAUUGACAAGUCUUGGAGCAGUUCAUGAAGCUUUUUUUGUAUGGGCAACCAACCAAAUCAGGAAGUCCUUAAUUAACUGCAAUUUCCUAUUUCUUCCAGAUCAGAAAACAAAGGGCUGUGGGCCUGAGGAAAAGUAAAUAAAAACCCUGGAUCACAAAUUUUAUCAGGAUUUGUGUUUUGUUUAUAACCAUUGUUUUAUCUAGCAGCAUUGGGGAAGGCUGAUGGAGGAGGUAAGGCAUCUUUUUGAGUCCACAGUUCUCCAUAGCGGUAUGCCCGUCCCACUUCUGAAGUGUUAAUUUUAAUAAAAUAGAUAUUGUACAAAAAGAACCAAUCCAGGCAUGAGAAAUGUAAGAAACACUGGAUGCCAUUGUUACCCUGAGCCAUGUAUGGUGAUUAAA